AUGGCUUCCUCCAGUGGCAGCGGGGUGUCUUCCGGAUCGACUCCCCCGGUAGCCAACUCCGGAUCGGAGGACCUGCGGCAAGUGAUGGACCAGCGGAAGCAGAGGCGGAUGCUGUCGAACCGCGAGUCGGCGAGGCGAUCGCGCAUGCGCAAGCAGAAGCAUCUGGACGAUCUGACGGCGCAGGUGGCCAGACUUCGCCACGAGAACAACCAGAUAAUCUCCAACUACAAGGCGAUCAUGCAGAGGCACCUGGCCGUGGAAUCCGACAACUCCGUGCUGAGAAGCCAGGUCGCGGCACUGAGUAACAGGCUGGAGUCCCUCAGCGAGGCCAUCCAGUACAUGAACAGGGCCACCAACAGUGGCACCCUCAGAGAGCUUCCUCAUCAGGCCAUCGACGGCUUCCCCGUGCACCCCUGGAACCUGCUCUCCGUGAACCAGCCCAUCAUGGCCUCUCCAGACAUGCUUCAGUGCUGA